UCAUCUCAGAGUUUUACUCUCACAACACGACACCAUUUUCGAUCUGAUUAGCCUUUGUCUCUUUUCAUCUAAAAGAAGACACGCCCACUCAUCUAUUCUCUGUCUCUUUCUCUUAUCAAAAAGUAUAAUAAGUAAUUAAUUAUUACUUGUAUUUGAGGCGGUGGUACUGAAUAUUUGCUUUUACACAGCCCGAUUUGCAGACUUAACUUUCCUCAUUUUUGUUUGAGACCUGAUUUUGGAACUGCUGCCAUUAUUUGACAGUGGUUGUGUAAGGAUUUCAGUGGGGUGAAGUCGUGAACUCCAAAUGAUCUGAGGAGGAGGUCUUUUUGAAAUGGCUAUGGUUAGCAAAACCAGAAAUAUGUUGGAGGGUCUGGUUAAAGAUGGGUCAUUUAAAUGGUUGACUAAAACCCCGAGUUCACUUGAUGAAGAUUUAGAUGAGUCAUCCACUGGAAAGAGCUGGUUGCCAGAGCUAUCUCCUGCAGCAAAUGUAGUUAUCCGAAAAUGCUCAAAAAUCCAUGGUAUUUCCAUGAGUCAACUUCAAGAAAACUUUGAUGCGGAGGCUUCUGAAACCAUAAAGCAUAAAUCUCAGUAUGCAAGGAACUUCUUGGAAUACUGUUGCUUCAGGGCUCUUGCUUUGUCUAUACAAGUAAAUGGUUACCUUGGCGACAAACAGUUUCGACGCCUUACAUUUGACAUGAUGGUCGCAUGGGAGUUUCCAGCAGCUUCUAGUCAGCCUUUUGCCAGUAUGGAUGAAGAUGCAACUGCUGGCGUAGAGGCUUUUUCCCGUAUUGCUUCAGCAGUUCCUAUAAUUGCCAAUGUGAUAGUUACUGAGAGCAUUUUCAGUGUGCUUACAUCGUCAACAGGCGGUCGACUUCUAUUCUCAGUCUAUGAUAAGUACCUGACUUAUUUGGAAAGGGCAAUUAAAAAAUUUAAGAACCAGUCUGAGUCAUCUCAUCUGUCUGCCUUACGUACAGCGAGAGGAGAGAAAAUUCUGGAGCUGGAUGGGACUGUGACAACCCAGCCAGUGCUCGAACACGUGGGUAUUUCCGCAUGGCCUGGUCGGCUAACUUUGACAGAUCAUGCUCUCUACUUUGAGGCACUUCGUGUUGUGUCUUAUGACAAGGCAAAAAUAUAUGAUCUGUCUGAUGAUCUAAACCAGAUCGUCAGACCCGAUCUUACUGGACCAUGGGGCACAAGACUCUUUGAUAAAGCAGUCUCGUACAAAUCAGUUUCCUUGUCAGAACCUGUUAUAAUGGAAUUUCCUGAGCUUAAAGGACAUACACGUCGUGACUAUUGGUUAGCCAUUAUUCGGGAAGUUCUACAUGUGCAUCAGUUCAUACAUAAAUUCCAGAUUACUGGAAUAGAGCGUGAUGAGGCACUUCUGAAAGCUAUAUUUGGUAUAUUGCGAGUACAAGCCCUAAAAGAUAUGAGCUCUAAACAUCCACUUUGUUAUGAGGAUCUUCUUAUGUUCAAUGUAUGUGAUCAGCUUCCCGGAGGAGACCUUAUACUAGAAACAAUUGCAAAUAGGUCAACUGUGAGGGAACUGGAGCGGACAAACUCUCCCAAACCUAGAAGCAGAAUGUACUCAAUUUCAGCUUCAGCCUUGGCUUCCAACCUGGGGUUUGUUUUCGGGACAAGUUCUCAUGUUCCUAAUGAGACAGGAAUUGUUGUGGGUGAAAUUGCUGUGGGGGAGAUGACUCCCUUGGAAAAAGCAGUUAAGGAAUCCAGAAGCAACUAUAGAAAGGUAGUGCAAGCACAAGCUACGGUUGAUGGAGUGAAAGUUGAUGGGCUUGACACCAACUUGGCAGUGAUGAAGGAGUUGCUCUCUCCAAUGAUGCAACUCGGUAAUUGGAUUCUUUUUCUGGCUUACUGGGAAGAUCCUUUGAAGUCCAUUAUUUUCUGCUCGGUUUUCUCAUAUAUUAUCGUCAGGGGAUGGCUGUGCUAUGCCUUUGCACUAUUGCUCACUUUUUUUGCUGUCUUUUUGGGAAUAACUCGCUGUUUUAGUCAAGGCAAGACAGUUGAUGAACUAAAAGUAAUAGCUCCACCUCCAAUGAAUGCCAUGGAGCAACUUUUGGCUGUUCAAACUGCAAUAUCUCAAGCUGAAGAACUAAUCCAGGAUGGAAACAUCGUUCUACUCAAAUUCCGUGCUUUACUCUUGUCCAUCUUCCCACAGGCAAGCGAGAAGUUAGUGGGUGCUUUUUUGGUCUCGGCAGUAGUUCUGGCAUUCAUACCUUCGAGGUACAUAAUACUUCUGACUUUCCUGGAAGUCUUCACUAGAUAUUCACCUAUUCGGAAAGCAAGCACAGAAAGAUGGACUAGGAGACUAAGGGAAUGGUGGUUCAGUAUCCCGGCAGCUCCUGUAGUUCUUGAAAAAGCCAAAGAAGACAAAAAGAAAAGAUGACGACGAAAAUUGUACAUAAUUAAAGAUCCAUCCACGCAACAAUAUCCUACUAGAAUGUCUGUGGCUGUAAAUUUGUAUUAUAUGAGAGAACUUAAAGAUGUAACACAACUGGCCUUGAUGAGGUCUCCAUUAACGUUUGCUGUUGGGACUGUAUCACUGUUUCUGGAUAUUAUAAACUUAUUGUGUGUUGUAUCCUACUAAUCAUGGGUUAUAGAUGGGAUUUUUUAUCAA